AUGGCGGAAAACCCGGAGAGCAGUUUGCGCGGGCGCAGCGGCAUUGAGGUGUACCUACGGCUGCGCCCGGGCCCGCGCGAAGCCGCGGCCUUCCGCGUGGGGCCGGAGGGAAAGUGCAUAAGAACUAAAGUGCCAAUUGGGGGAGUUGGGGGGGGUUUUCGAGAGCGCUCGUUCCGAUUCGACGGGAUUUUGGGGCCCCAGAGCUCCCAGGAAGAUGUUUUCAAAGCAGUGGCGGAGCCCCUCGUGGAAGCUGCGCUGCAGGGCGUCAACGGGACAGUGUUUGCGUACGGGCCCUCGGGGUCUGGAAAGACUUUCACGAUGAGCGGCAGCAGCAGCAGUUUCGAACUCCGCGGAAUUAUCCCGCGGGCGCUUUCGCGGGCUUUCGAGCUCGCUGCUGCCCGCUGCUGCUCCGCAGACUUCUGGAUCGGAGUUUCUUACUUGGAGAUCUACCAGGAAAGGGGUUUUGACCUUUUGGUUUCGAAAAAAGAAACAAGUGCUGCGCAAAGUCGCAGGGUCGAGGCCGCCGCGGACGCGCGCGGACAGCUGCUGCUGCGCGGGCUGUCUGUACACCCCGUCGCCUCCGAAGAGGAGGCCCUCCAGCUGCUCUUCCUCGGAGACGCCAACAGAACAGUUUCCGAGACUUUUCGAAACGAAACUUCGACGAGAUCCCACUGCAUCUUCACUCUGUGGAUCGCCAGCCGCGCCCGCGGCAGCAGCAGCAGCAGGAAGGCCAAGCUCCACUUGGUGGACUUGGCGGGCUCCGAGAGAAACAAAACUAGUUUUAAAAACAGUUUCAGCAACGCUUCCCGAAACUCUCCUCAAAGUUGUCCCGAAAAUAGUGCUUCUUGCCAAAAAACACUUCCCAACAACUCCAAAAAUACUCUUUUCCAAGAAACCUGCAGCAUCAACUUGUCCCUCCACUACCUCGAACAAGUCAUCCUCGCUCUCCAGCAGCAGCAGCAAACUCCCGCCACCACCAGCAGCAGCAGCAGCAGCAGCAGCAGCGGCAGCAGGCACAUUCCCUACCGGAACUCGCUGAUGACUUCGGUGCUGAAGGACUCUUUGGGGGGCAACUGCAGAACUCGAAUGAUUGCAACAGCAACUUUGGAAGCAAAUUGCAUUCAUGAAACAAUUAAUACUUGCAGAUUUGCACAAGUUGUGGCCCAAGUUCAAAACUCCGCAGAAGUCAACGAGGAAGAAGACCCCGCGCUGCUGCUGCAGCGGCUGCAGCGCGAGAACCAGCAGCUGCAGCAGCAGCUGCUGCACCUCCGCCAGCAGCAGCAGCAGCACGGGCUACACGGACAGCCGCAGCUGCAGCAGCAGCACGGCGACGCAGCCGCGGCAGAACAGCUGCAGCAGCAAACCGAACUCACCGAACUCGAGAAGCAGUGGUGUGCUGCAGAGGUCGAGACCUUUCUUGCUGCUGCUGCUGCUGCGGAGCAGCAGGAAGAAACACUCGUAGCAGCCAAAGACCUGCGCCUGGCUGCUUACUGCUUCAACUUGCUGCGCGACAAAUACAAACAAGCCCUAGCAGCAGCAAACACAAACAACAGCAACAACAGCAGCAGCAGCAGCAGCAGCAGCAGCAAGCAGCAGCAGCAGCAGCAGCAGCAGCAGCGACACGUCCAAGCGGCAGCGCGGGAGGUGGCCGCGUUGUUGCAGCAGCAGCAGUUGCAGCAGCAGCAGAACAGCAGCAGCAGCACAGCAGCAGCAGAAGGGCAGCAGCAGCAGCACCGUCACAUAAUCAUCACCAGCAGCAGCAACACACAGGACGCAGCACAAAAACAGCAGCAGCAGCACCAUCACCAUAAUAACAGCAGCAGCACCACAACGACAGCAGCAGCAGCAGCAGCACAACAGCAGCAGCACCAUAACAACAGCAGCAGCGCCAUAACGACAGCAGCAGCACCAAAACAACAGCAGCAGCACCACAACACCAACAGAAGCACAAUAACAGCAGCAGAACCACAACAGCAGCAGCAUCACAAGAGCAGCAGCACCACCACAACAGCAGCAGCAGCAGCACCGUUACAACAACAGCAGCAGCACCACAACACAAACAGCAGCAGCACGACAACACCAACAGCAGCAACCUCACAUCAGCAGCACCCCAACAAUAACAGCAGCAGCACAACAACAGCAGCAGCACCAUAA